UCACCGUCAACAUUGCUUAGACGACGUCGCGGGAAUAGUUUUGAAAUGGCGACACUUCUAUGUAGCAUGCUUAUUGGGGCUGGAUUUCCAGCUGUGGUUGUAUCUGGAGUUGCUCGUGCAGACACGGUAGAAAAUAAUCAACGCAAUGUCCCAUAUCCGCAUAAAAUAAUCGAUAUUAUAAUCGAUGACGAUAAAAAAGGCGGCGUAAAAGCUGAACAAAUGUACAAGCUGCGACAAAUGCCAGAUUUGGAAAGUCGCUUGCAUGAAAAUAUGGCACAACUUUUGAGAGAAAGGUCAGAAGAAGAACAACGAAUACAAGAAGAAAUCAUAAAGGCUGAACUUGAGGAGCUUGAAUUAAAAGCGGCAGAUAAAUAUCAUUAUCGAAGAUCGCAUGCAUGGGUGGCAAUAAUUGAAAAUGCACCAUGGAGUAUAAAGCCAAAGAAAAAAUAUAAAAACGAAAGUGGGGACAUAACUGAAGAACAACCUACAGCGCAUUUUAUUGAGCCAUCUACAGGACUUUUCAGUGGUUCUGAUAACAAGAACUAUAUUAUAAUCGAUAGCGUAUGGAAUAACUUACAAUACUAUGUUAACAAACAGCAAUAUUUACGCGUUAAAGACAUUCGGUGGGAUCUAAGAAAUAUUAAAGACUGGGAACAUCUAUUGCCGGGAGAACCUAAAGAAAUGCGAACUCAUGCAGCACAUUCUGACGAAAAUAUAAUUUCUACAGAUCAACUUUUAGCUGAAGAGAAACAUUUAGAUACAAUACGAUCUUGGGUAACUCGAUUGCAUAUUGGCGAGAAGGAAUUUGAAGAACGUUUUCCACAACUUCAGAAAACCAUCUUAUACAAAGGUGCUAAACAUGAAAGAUUCUCUCCAUAUACACAAAAAAAUGGCAAAGUUAUGCAGUUAACACUAUAUGCUGAUGAAGAUUACCAGAAACCUACUGUGCGUUGGGAAUACUAUGAGAAUCGAUCAGAUUUGCUUGUUCAACUAAAAUAUAAAUAUAACACUUCCGAAAUAGAAGAAACCUUUAAGAAAGGGCGAUAUGAUAGUUUAAAAUUUCUUCGUUCAAAUAUGAAUACAUUGGCACCCAAAGAACUAUAUUUCUUUUCCGAUCCUCGACAAGAUUCGCUGAAAUAUUUAAAACUUGAAAGUGAUCGUAUUAUGCUUCAUUACAGCAAGCGAACUGAUUUUUGCUUCUAUCAGGAGUUUGAAUUUAAGUCUGCAGGACAAGUGUUAAAGAAAAUUGUGGAGAAAUUUAAUCGCAACUUAUCGAUACCAGCUGAUAAAGAUAUUGCCGUUCGCACAUUUAAUCUAACUCAACGUAAAAUUUCGCUUAAAUAUCACUAUGCCAAAGGUGCUUUGACAGCUUCAACUCGUGAAUUUAUAAAACCUCAGAAACCGGAUUAUGGACAGGAAAUUAUAUUCGAUUCUUCCUCAAUAAAAUCCUACAAGGCGAAUGUAGCUGACCCUGAUCUCACACCUCUGGAAUUGUAUCGAAUUUUAUUGAAUCAAAUGCAGUAUGAAGAGAAACUAAAAAAACAGUUUGAAAAAAUUCUGGAAGAAGCUAAUGCUGUUUUGGAUCAGCGAAAAAUUGAACUGGAAAACUCGUGUCUUGAAUUUCUCAUUUUUGAUUCUCUUCGCAAUAAAGGUGCACGCACAAAACGUCUACAACAGUAUGCAGAUGAAGAAGUUUAUCAAAGUGAACUGAAAGCUUAAACCAGCGGACUUUCUUGCUCCCUAUUUAGUACCUUAUAAAAAUCGUAAACUCACUUACGAAGAAUCGUGGGCUGCCUACAAUGCCUGUCUUUUUGAUUUAAAAUCUCGUUUUGUUGGUCUUCUCAAUGAUUUACAACGGCAGUAUGAAGAUCUUACAACAGAGUCGAAAUCAUUGCAAAGAUUUUUGAAUAAAUUUGAAAAUCAAUUUAAUAAUUAUGACUACGAACAACUUGUAACUGAAGCAAAGGAAAUUGGGUUAAACAAACGUAUGGUACAGCAACGUUUGACUUUAACACAUGAAGGAUCCCAAAAGAAAUAUGAGAGCGUAAAGGAGGCAUUGCUGCAUGA